AUGUUGAGUUCUGUAGCUCUCGCUCGUGCCAUCCUUGUGUGGAAACCGCUAGUGCGACGUGCUAUUUCUUCGCUUGAGACAUGGAUAAAUCCAUCGUCAUCUCAACUUGUCACCCAGAGCCGUUCUGCAGCGAACGAGGUGACUUUCGUGUACCCGUAA